CUGCGGAUGGUUCUGAGAGCUAUUGGUUUUGCGCAGUUAUCCACCGCGCGUCGCCAGAACAUGAAUUUAAGCUUAAAUCACAUUAUGUACACACGUAGUGUUAUAAUGCAGACUAUGAAACACAUCAGUUUCAUUGGUGGUUCCAACUGGAACAAAAUAAGGUACAACACUGACAUUAAGCACCCGCAUACCAGCGAGUACAUCAAUGAAAGAAACAUUGGCGAAACCGGUGAGAAUGAUGAGAUCUUUCACUCGAAUGCAGCAAUUUGUCCUGAAUGCCUCAGACGGGUCCCCUAUGAGCUAACAGAAAAAGACGUAGAAGAUCUUUGCGGGGAGGCACGAACCAAGAUUCUUAAAGCAAAAAGAUUGCGAUUAACAGGCACUAUAAAUCAGGCGCCAUUAAUGUGUAUAGUGUUCACCUUUUACUCUACAAUAUUAAUCUAUUGCUAGAUGAGAGAGUUCAACAAUCGAAACUGAAUAUGAGAUCGUAUCUGCAGCCACUGGCAAUCGUUCACUUUCUACAUACAUGUUUUAGUAAAUACAAAGGAGAAAAGAAGGUGAUACCGCCUGAUAAUGCGUUCCAACGCUAUUUUUCUACUUAACACACCACAUUCUGUACGACAUUCUAUUAUCGGUUGUCGUGUUCGGAUAUGCUGUAUACGCCAUUUAUUAUAUUACUGAACUGGUGGACAGCAAUGCAGCGGUAUGCCAUUGCAGCUUAAUUGGAAUCUUUAUCAUCGACUUUGCGUUUAGGCUUUCGGGCUGGCUAACACUUUCAAUUGCGAACAAUAUCUCUGGUUGUUUUGGUGUCUCAUCUCCUUAGUAGUGGAGAUAACUUUACUUCAUGAAAUUAUGAUCACAACAGGUAUAACACAGUACAAUUUAAGCCUAGCUUUGCGUAUCGCCACAAUUGCGCGUCUAAGCUAUUUGUACUUGGGAUGUAAAUCGAUUGCUGCCACAAUUGUGAAUGCCUUGGACCGCCGCAUCGAUGCAGAGGUUUCCUUUGGUUUUGAAAUUGUUGCUGUAAGUUAACCAUUUAGCAUUGUACUUGCUUUGAUAACAUAAAUCUGCGCUGUUAAGGCCCUGGAAGUAGCUUGUGGCGAAGUCUUAGAUAUGCUAGAUCAACUAUUGGAUGUGGACUUAAUUCGGGAAAUCUAUGAGAUCAAUAUUCAGAACGAAAGAGAAUAUUUAAUCAGUACGAUGAAACGUACUCAGAAGGAGCGUCCCUGGAUUGUAAUCACAAUAAAAACGAAGCAGGUAAUCGCUGCCACAAUAAAUGUAAUGCACACUGGUUUACUCGAGUUAAAGAACGCUGGAUACGUUGACGAACUCGAAUACGAAUACAUCAAAUUAAUGCUGGCAGAGAGGAUCAAACAGUUUCGUACCAGACGGAUAAUGAAACCUCCUUCGCCCAGAGUGAUUUUCAACGAGGUUCCCUGGUUACGUGAAAACCCGGAAAUUAUCGAAUAUUUGUACGAAACAGCAAUCACAGUGAGAUUCCGGCCUGGAGACAUCAUAAUGAGAGAUGGGUACAAAGCGGAGGGGUGUAUAUUGUGAUUUCCGGGUCAUUGCGACUAGAGUACAAAGAAGGAGCAAGGAAAAGUAAGAUGUUUGAAAAUAUGGCUUCCUGCCAGUGGUCGAUUAUUUGUCGACUACGUCGUAUGAGAACGACUUCGAAGACGACUUUACAGUUGGCAGCACUUUUGGCGAAAAGGCAAUUCUAACAUCUCGCAGAUAUAAUUGUAACAUUUAUGCCGAGUCAAUAGUUCAGGCAUACAUGUUACUGGAUGAUGAUAUACAGGAGGCCAUUGUUAUAUUUAACAACCCUAUUAACGGGUUAAAAUCAAAAAUAUGGAAAUAUUGUAACAUCGACCUAGCGAUGGCGAUAAUUGCAGAAUCACACUUAUACCGAUCGCUUAGUCAGAGAGAUAUUUGGUUCAAAUUGAUCGCGCGUUUGUACCAAGAUUACGAUGCUACAAAGUGUUCGUAAUCACAGAAUUCAUGAACGAUGUGCUUCUGCUUGAAGGCGUUGCAGUCGACUGCUUAACAAAAACUAUGUUUAAAGCACCAGCGUUGAUUCCUAAGGACACGCACAAAUUGUACGUGUCAAUGAGCAACAAGUUGUAUCACGAUCAUGACACCCCGGUGGAAACGACACUAAUGAUUGUGCCCAUUCCUGGAAAAACUGCAUAUGAGGUCAUGUGGCACGAAGAGGAACGUGCCGAAAUUGUUUCAUUCACAUCCCAGUGCGUACUGCACACGAAGAGACAAAUGGCACAAUUCCGUAUGAAGCAAAGUCAGAAUAGAAGUGAAUAUUUGACUGAUAAGGACCAACUUGACGUGCCCAAUAACACGGAUGUGCAGAGUCCAUCAGAGGAAUUCAAUUGGUUGCUCGAACACAAAAACGGAGAGAAAGCUGAUAGAGGAAUGCGAAAUGUCACUUUACAAAUAAUCGUUUGUAUAUUCAUCUAAACAACAAAGUAGCACUAAUUAUAUACAUAGACCAUGUAUAAAGUUGACUGCAUCGAUAAACAAAAUAAUUAACAUAUACAACACCAAUUGCUAACGGUAUCAGUUGCGUCGUUAGUCAUAAACAAAAUUAUUUACAUACAGAUAAAACACCUCAAACUGCGUAUCAGUAAUGGCUUCUCCGACUUUGAACUUACGAUUUUAGUGUAAUAAAUACCCAAACACCUGUAACUACUUAGACCACUGUGUAAACGUAUGUAAACGCGCUAGGAUAUCAAUUAACAGAACCUCUUCGCAGGACAUUUGCGAUCGCUUAAUAAUACUUGUAUGAAUGACUAAAACAAUAACAAACAAAAAGACUCAUGAUUGCGCAUGACUCGGGGCACAGUCCUAAAUCAUGUACGUUUGUUGCAUCUGGUUGACUAAUUUAUUGCUUUGUUCGUAGAAUAACCAGAAAGUCAGUGACCAGGGCGCCAUUCGUAACCAGUUCGGUACAAAACCCUUAAACAGCGCCAUAAAUCCUUCGUUGCGCACUGUAAGACUGGCACAUUCAAAGGUGGACUUGUAGAAUACGCCCCGACCAUGUACAUCAACAGGCUGGUUCAUAAUCCGUGUCUUGAUCGUAUCGGCAGGUGUUCCUAAAACGGCGGCAACGAAUCCAGCGCAGAGACUGCCCAUCACAUGCACCACCGUACCGUCGUGCAGCGUUGUAUGACGCAGUAGAAAUUGUUUCGUAGUGUCGUACGUUGUUAAAUCACCUAGGUUUACCAGAGCUGCUCGUUGUGCAUUCGGCACGACUCCUAAAAAUAUUGGUAUUGUCAAAGUCAGUGUUAUAAUAUAAGUAUAUUCGGAUCUA